GAUGGCAUUCAGCGCCGCAGUGAACGUGAAAAUAUACGAAGCUCUACUGUUCAUGGGGCUAACAAGGCUCCACUCUUGGUUUGUCGUCCUUCACCCCGCCGCCCUCCGCCAGGCUUGCCCAAAACUCCGAAGACUUUACCACGUGUAGCUACCCGCCGAUCUCCUCGCUUUAGUGCACCCCGUGCUAGCCGACACUCACCCAGAAGUACAACUGUGUCAAGGAUGGUAUCUCCUGCCUCCUCUUCCACUUUCAAAUCUCCAAGAGCUGGUACUCCAAGAGCAACAACCCCUAAUCGUUGGAGCAAACUUAGCUUCUUAAUCUGAGGAUUUUUUGUUUUACCAUUUCCAAUAUUUACUAUCAUUAUUUUUUUUCUUUUUUUUCUGGACAAGUUUUAUUGCAAUGUCAAGUUUUGUUUCAUUUCUGAAGUAGUUGUAUAUGUGAAACUAUAUGGAUGUAUAAUUGGUACAUCUUAGCAUAGAACUCAUUUUCUUUCAUAGUUAAAAUCCAUUUUAUUAUAGCUUUCUAAAACUUUUUUUUCUUCUUCAUUCUUUUGGUUUUCUUUUUGUUCUCCUUUCCUUUUUUUCUUUUUUCUGUUAGCAGAAGGAAAAAACAGUGUGCAUAUGUGUAUGUAUAUAUGAUUACAAUCAGAGUAAGAAAUGUGUGUGAAUAUGAGUGGAAAGAGUCUUAGGACUAGGACACUGUUUUGCCAACACUACAGGAUCCAUGUGGAAAGAGCAUUUUAAAAGUGCUUAUUUCUGAAUUAUUUGUUUGUUUUCACAGCCAUUUAUUUGUUCUUUGAAGAGUGGUAUGGAUAAGAGCUGUUUUAAAGAAUGUAAAGUUGAUUACACCUGACAGCUGUCUUUCUUUUUUUAUUUACUCUUUUGCGUACCAAAUAAUGUACAACUUCAAACAUGCAAAAGUCAUCUGAGAAAACUGUGAGCAGCAUUAGGGAAGAACAUGAGAGCAUAAUGGUGUCCAGUAGGUUUCAUCAUUUAAGAUAUUAUUGUGCAUAAUACUAGUACUUAAGUAUAGGUAUGUGAGAGCUAGAAGUUAGUGUUGGGCAAAGCUUGAGUGAGGAUUGAAAUUCUCUUUGGAGUUCAUUUUGAAAAUAGUUGAUUCAUGGACAAGUGAGUUCUGUAUGUUUCAUGUUAACUGUGGCAGCUGUUUGUGCCACAUGCAUGUUCUUUACAUGUUAUAAUAGCUUUAACACAUUAUUUUUGUACAUAGUUUUACAUCUUUUUCAUAUUGCAUUUCCAAUAUUAGUACAUAUUCUUUACAAUGCUAUCCAUGUUCUGAGUGCUAAGAAAUUGUUGCAGCAGUUUAAAGCCUUUAUUAAUGGAAUCCAUUACAUGGUCUUAUUGCUCCAGUGCAAAUUAUAUUAUUUUCUUUUUAUUAUACAGAAAAUGAAAAAUUGCUUAUUGCUCCAGAGCAAAUUAUUUUAUUAUACAGAAAAUGAAAAAUUGUGUAUUAAAAAGAAUCAUUCACUUUAAUCCAGAAAAUGUAAUUAUAUGUGAUCCCUUUUAGCGUAUUCCAGAAUGUUGUGACUAACAAGUUUGAUCUGUAAAUGUUAUUGCCUAGUAGCUUUAAUAUAUAUUUUGUAAAUAGUAUUGAAUCCUGUCCAAAUGCAUAUUUUGUAUUUCUUGUGAUGAUUUAUAUUCUUACAAUAUUUUUCAUGUUAACCAUAGCUGAAUUAUACUACAAAGCUGACAGCAAUGGAAUUCACUUUUUUCCUUAAAUAUGAAUGGUAAUUGUAGCUUCACUACAUAUUUUUAUUUUAUUGAAAGCUUAUUUUAUGGAGAAAAAACUGCUUGUUACAUUAACCAUAUUUUGUAAGUCUUUUAGUAUGAACAAUUUUAGUGUAUGUUUGAAAAAUAUACUAUAUUAUAUGAAUUUAUGAAAAUAAUCUUAUUUUCUUAACCCCUACAAUGAAGACGAUUUACAGGAGGCUGGGAAUGACUUGCCUUGUGUGCACAAAGAUGGAGGGUGAAUAGAUUCAAUUGGCAUUUAAGAAGUGGCUUUAGCAUUAUUUCCUUUGAUAAAUGGCUGGAAAGUACUGUCCAUGAGCUGGAAGAGUGCUAGCUCCAGGGAGGGUGCUAUUUCCAUGCUCAGGAUCCUAAUUGUGACUGGUGGCACAAUGUGUAUUACAGGAAAUUGAAUGAUAUGAAAAAAAAAAUUACACUUAUCAGUAUUACUUAGUGUUAUUACUGCACUGAGUUAUGGACUACCUUGAGUGAUGUUAUGGAGUCUACAGGUCACUGCUCACAAGUGUUCUGCUCUGGACCUACAAACUGGUCCAGUAAGCUUAAUACCUAUAUAUUGGGCUAUAUGAUGGCAGUUAAGCAUCUGGAUCCAAUGGGUUGAUAGUUUCCCCCUACCUUGGGCUUCAGCUCUCAACUCGACCAAUUUUGCAUGGUCUUUUUUUCUCCUCCCUUUCCUUUCCCUUCUCUUUUUCAUCCCCUUCUGUCCACUUCCCAAUGUGUAAGAGCCAUCCUGAAUGGAUGAAAGGUUUGUGGCCUUAGGGAGCCAUAGGCUUGGUAUUC